AUGCCUUCGGGAGAUGGCAGUCACACCGACAAUGGCAUCGCGACCACUAAUGUCGCUCUUGCCGACGAGGUCGAAGCCUUGAACUCCAUUUACGGCUCGGAUACUGUUGUCCUCCAAUCACCUGCACCCACCGGGUCUUCUACCAUCGGGGUCCUCCGCAUCCCAGGCUCUGAAAUCUCCUUGCUCAUCUCCUUUCCUGCGGAAUAUCCUGAUGCCCCUCCAGAGAUAUUAAAAACACAGUCGACGGGGGAUAGUGGGCGGAGAGGGGAGGGCGAGGUCGCCGUCCACAUCCUGCGCGACGUGCUCGCAAGGGUGUGGACUGAGGGGCAGGUGUGUCUGUUCGAUUUGGCCGAGGAAGCCGGUCCACUACUGCUCUCCCAGAGGCAGCAACAUGAGGGCGAACACGGUGAAGCUGCGACGACUCAAGCUGGUCUCGAGCAAAGCACUACGAACCCGAAUAGGUCUGCCUUAUCCUCGCACACGCACCACGGUGGCCACGCCCUCCCAUUUGCGCAUGACUACGAACCCUCCUCCACGAUGGACAAUGUCCCCUCUAACGCCACCAUAGCCUCCUCCUCAGAUACCCCUCCUCCAAAAUGGACGCUCUCCGAUCCCCUGACCGUCAGCCGAUCCACUUUCGUCGCCCGAGCCUGUCCCGUGCACUCCCUGAACGAAGCGCAGGCCUCGCUGUCGCAUUUGCUAGCGUCUAACAAGAAGGUCGCCAGUGCCACACACAACAUCAGUGCCUGGCGCAUUCAAUCACCCAAUGCGGCCACCGGUGCGGUGAUCACGGUCCAAGACUCGGACGAUGACGGCGAGACUGCCGCUGGAGGCCGAUUGCUGCAUUUAAUGCAGCUCAUGGACGUGUGGAACUGCAUGGUGGUGGUGACGAGGUGGUAUGGCGGGGUCAAACUCGGCCCGGACAGGUUUCGGCUGAUCAAUCAGGUCGCGAGGGAGAGUCUGGUGAAGGGGGGGUUUGCGAAGGAGCAUGGACAUGGAGAUGAGAAGGAGACGGGGGGCAAGGCAAAAGGAGGGGGGAAGGGGAAGGGUAAGAAGUGA